CUCCCCCUCACGCUGUCUCUGCGUCUUUCUCACUCCCUGCUAUACUGAGGAUGUUAAAUCAGAGAAUCCACCCGGGCAUGCUCUUAAUCCUGAUGUUUCUGUGCUACUUCAUGGAAGAUCACACAGUGCAGGCUGGGAACUGCUGGCUCCGGCAGGCGCGGAACGGGCGCUGCCAGGUCCUCUACAAAACCGACCUCAGCAAGGAGGAGUGCUGCAAGAGCGGCCGCCUGACCACGUCGUGGACGGCGGAGGACGUCAACGACAACACGCUUUUCAAGUGGAUGAUUUUUAAUGGGGGAGCCCCAAACUGCAUCCCGUGCAAAGAAACAUGCGAGAAUGUGGACUGUGGACCCGGGAAGAAAUGUAAAAUGAACAAGAAGAACAAACCUCGGUGUGUUUGUGCUCCGGAUUGCUCUAAUAUCACUUGGAAGGGCCCCGUGUGUGGCUUAGAUGGGAAAACCUACAGGAACGAGUGCGCCCUUCUCAAAGCCAGAUGUAAAGAACAGCCGGAACUUGAAGUCCAGUAUCAGGGCAAAUGCAAAAAAACCUGCAGGGAUGUCUUAUGCCCAGGCAGCUCCACAUGUGUGGUUGACCAAACCAACAAUGCCUACUGUGUGACGUGUAACCGAAUUUGUCCAGAGCCUACCUCCCCUGAACAGUAUCUCUGCGGGAAUGAUGGCAUAACUUAUGCCAGUGCCUGCCACCUGAGGAAAGCUACUUGCCUCCUGGGAAGAUCCAUUGGAUUAGCCUAUGAAGGAAAAUGCGUCAAAGCCAAAUCCUGUGAAGACAUUCAAUGCAGUGCUGGGAAGAAAUGCUUGUGGGAUUUUAAAGUUGGCAGAGGUCGGUGCGCCCUCUGUGAUGAGCUAUGCCCUGAAAGCAAGUCAGAAGAAGCAGUGUGUGCCAGUGAUAACACAACUUACCCAAGCGAGUGUGCCAUGAAAGAGGCAGCUUGCUCCAUGGGUGUGCUUCUAGAAGUUAAGCACUCUGGAUCUUGCAACUCAAUUAAUGAAGACCCAGAGGAUGAAGAGGAAGAUGAAGACCAGGACUACAGCUUUCCUAUAUCUUCCAUUCUAGAGUGGUAAAACCUCUAUUACUAUUGAAACAGCCAUUGGGCACAAAAUCAAUGUCCGUACUGUAAAUAAGUGUAUGCUUAUUUAUUUUGGGGAGAAAAAAAAGUAUACAUAUAGUUGAGUCUCGUAGACAUUUAUUUAUACUGUGUCAUGUUUUAUAAUUUAUACAUAAAAUGUCUGGUUGACCGUACACCUUGUUUUUUGAAGAAAUUUAUUCGUUACGGGAAGAGCAGUGUUAUUUAUUGUGAGGUCUCUUGCUUGUAAAGUAAAGCUUUUCUUUUUUCUUGUAAACUAUAAAAGUCCAUUCCUUAGAGCCUACCCACAUGAUCUCACCUCUUUGUGUCACUGAUGUUAACUCUUUUCCACUUUAACAAACUUGCAUGUCAGUUUCUAUUAUGUUUAUUUAUUGGAUUUUCUUUUUGCCGGUUCUGUACACAAAAGAUCCCUGUGUUUUUGUUUACAAGGAAUCUUGACUGACCAAAAAGCAUUAUAACUGACUAAAGUAUACUGUCAAGGUGCAGUGAGGCAAUCUUUAAGGAAACUUCUUGCACUUCAUUUUCUCUACUUCUCAUCACAUGGUGUACUGAAAUGAUUUCUGUAUCGAGAGUUUAUACUGUACUAUACAAAUUUUGAACCCAAAGAAAUUGGAUUGUGAAGUUCAAUAACAUCUACAGGCCUAACUGUAAUAAGAAUAAAGGUUUCAUUUUAUUUUUA